AGGCCGGCGACGUCCGCGGCCGAGGGAGGGCGCGAGCCGCGCUUAAAGGGCCAGCUGCGCGCGCAGGAAAAGUUGCGAAGAGUUGGGCGGGCGCCGGCCCGGUGCUGCCCAGACGGCGGCCGGGGGACGGCGGGCGGCAUGGAGCAGGCAGCGCCCAAGAGCAAACUGAAAAAGCUCAGUGAGGACAGUUUAACUAAGCAGCCUGAGGAGGUCUUUGAUGUUCUGGAGAAACUUGGUGAAGGGUCUUAUGGUAGUGUGUUUAAAGCAAUACACAAAGAGUCUGGGCAAGUCGUAGCAAUUAAGCAGGUCCCUGUGGAGUCUGACCUUCAAGAAAUAAUUAAAGAAAUCUCUAUAAUGCAGCAAUGUGACAGCCCCUAUGUUGUCAAGUACUAUGGCAGCUAUUUUAAGAACACUGAUCUGUGGAUUGUUAUGGAGUAUUGUGGAGCUGGAUCUGUUUCAGACAUAAUUAGACUUCGUAAUAAAACGCUAACAGAAGAUGAAAUUGCAACUAUUCUGAAAUCUACUCUUAAAGGACUUGAAUAUUUGCACUUUAUGAGAAAAAUACAUAGAGAUAUAAAGGCUGGAAACAUUCUUCUUAACACUGAAGGACAUGCAAAAUUAGCUGAUUUUGGUGUGGCUGGCCAGUUAACAGAUACAAUGGCAAAACGUAAUACUGUUAUAGGAACUCCAUUUUGGAUGGCUCCAGAAGUAAUACAAGAGAUUGGCUAUAACUGUGUGGCAGACAUCUGGUCCCUUGGUAUCACUUCAAUAGAAAUGGCUGAAGGAAAGCCUCCCUACGCUGAUAUUCAUCCAAUGAGGGCUAUUUUUAUGAUUCCUACAAAUCCCCCUCCAACCUUUCGGAAGCCGGAGCUCUGGUCUGAUGAAUUCACAGAUUUUGUGAAGAAGUGCUUAGUGAAAAAUCCUGAACAAAGAGCUACAGCAACACAGCUGCUGCAGCAUACAUUUAUUAAGAAUGCCAAGCCAGUUUCAAUUUUAAGGGACCUUAUCACUGAAGCUAUGGAGAUAAAGGCAAAGCGACAUGAGGAGCAGCAGAGGGAACUAGAAGAAGAGGAGGAAAACUCGGAUGAAGAUGAGCUGGACUCGCACACCAUGGUGAAGACCAAUUCAGAGAGUGCUAGUACCAUGCGGGCCACGAGCACAAUGAGUGAAGGUGCUCAGACAAUGAUUGAACACAACAGUACCAUGCUAGAGUCAGACCUGGGGACCAUGGUAAUAAAUAGCGACGAUGACGAAGAGGAAGAUGGGACCAUGAAAAGAAAUGCUGCUUCACCUCAAGUUCAAAGACCUUCUUUCAUGGACUACUUUGAUAAACAAGAUUCUAAGAAUAAAAGCCCUGAAAACUGUAAUCAGAAUAUGCAUGAACCUUACCACAUAUCUAAAAAUGUUUUCCCCGAUAACUGGAAAGUCCCUCAAGACGGAGAUUUUGAUUUUUUGAAGAAUCUAAGUUUAGAAGAACUACAGAUGAGAUUAAAGGCUUUGGACCCUAUGAUGGAACGAGAAAUUGAAGAACUUCGUCAGAGGUACACUGCAAAGAGGCAACCCAUCCUGGAUGCGAUGGAUGCCAAGAAGAGGAGACAACAAAAUUUCUGAGUUUGUUUUACUUUCAGAGAUAAUGCUAUGAGUCAGUGUGGACACUGGUAACUUUGUAGGUCUGAAGGAAUUUUAUUGUGAGAGCUUAAAAAAACAAACAAACAAUCUUUUCAUUUUUCCUUCACAAGCAAUGACAAUUGGAGCAGUGAAAGAACACGUGGUGUUCUGCAAAGGGAGUGAAACACAUUACCACUUGUUAAAUUUUCAAACGUUUAAUGUAAUAGAAGUUUGGUCUGUUACUUCCCAGUCUUUUUCAGGUGUAUUGUGGUAAUUUGUGUUGUACAUUAGGAGGUGAGUUGUGGGGCACCUGGAACUAUUUCUUGAUUGUACAACACUACAGAGCCUUAUGUUGCAAUAUACUUUUCCUCCCACUUAGUAGCAUAUUUAUUGUGUAAUCUUUGAUUAUCCUAUUUAUUUUAUGCUUUUUUUUUUUUUUUAAUUAGGAAGUAUUUGAUAAUAUUGUGGAGAGAAGAGCUAGACUAGAUGAAGUUAGUAUUGUAGUAGAAUGAAAAGAAGCUCACCACUAUAUUAUCUUUUAAUACUCCAAUUUCAGCAAGCAUCCCAGUUCAGGACAGCACUUGAACAUGUGUUCAGUCCAUUCCUAUCAACAGAAUUUUAAGCCUAAAGGAAAUAAUAAGCACAUGUUUUUCUUCUCUCCUGAAUGAAGGAUUGUGGCUGCAGUUGAGCAAUACAAUUGUUACACUAGAGAGCAUUCUUUUAGAGAAUAUUUCUGUCAUUUUUACGCACACAGAAUGGUCUCUCAUUAAACAAGAAAACAAGUGCCUAAUUGGUUUUGAUUUUUCUAUUAUUCAGGAGAAGCAACGCUUGCAGUCACUCCUGCAGUGUAAAUUUCCAAUUGCUAUUGCAAUUCUGACCAGUAUCACCUUCCUGUUUUGCACCGUAGUUAUAUCCUAGUUUUAUAAUGAAGUAACAGCUACACUUUACACAUACUGGAUAUGUUUUUUAGUUCAUUUAAUUUUUUAGCACUAUUUUGAGGGAAGAGGGGAGUUAUUAGUGGUUUGGGUUUGGUUUGGUUUCACAUUAUAGAUAUUAAGGGAUAGUAAUUUAAAAGCCAAAGAAUAUCAAUUGAAUACUUAUAUAUAAUGUAAGUACUGAAAUGAAGCAAGGUAUUGCAGAUCUCUGAGGGUUCUGUCCUGCAAUCACUAAACAAACAAAAUUCCUGUAGUCUUCUGUGGUAGAUUUUGGGAAACCAGAAAUGCAGGACCAAGCUUUUAGUAUCUUUUUACAGCUUCUUCUGUCUGAUUUAUAUUGUGUAAUAUCUAAUACGUAGAAUUUACAACAUUGCAAAAGCUAUUUCAGACUUAGCCAAAAAUGUGAUUCACUUUCUGAACAAUCUACUAGGUUCUCUGUUGCAAUCUUUACAAUUGUUAUCUUUUUAUAAUUAACUUUACUGUGAUAGUCAUACUUCUUUAAACAAUACAACUGAAAAGGUCUUUACUUUCAACCUCCAGCUGUUAAGCUUUUAAUGGUGACUACUGUACGGGCAUCUUCUGUUGAAUGUUUUCUGGAAAUUAGUAAUCAUCUCAUACCUCUUAACAUUUACUGUCAUCGUUUGUGGACCAUUUAGAUGGAACAGUGCAGAUUUUGGAAAUGGUACAUUAUAUCUUAAAAUUCGAAGCAAAAGGAAAACAAAAGAUUUUACAAUAUCAGCAUAUUACGGCCGUGCUGGGACCAGAAUUUGGUUUUGAGCUGCAUUACAGGCAUUGUUGUCAUUGUCAUUCUGUGUGUGUUUGCGUGCAUGCCACACUCUGAUCUGUAAACCCCAAAGUCAAAUAAAUUUUAAUUAUGAUUGUUAGAACAUCCUUACCCUCAACUCUUUUUAUAUUUCUUAAAAUAACGACCAUCCCUUCUAAAGAAGCAAGAACAAAGAAGAUCCAUAAAAAUUACUUUAGGUAAGAUAAAUGCACCGUGUAAUCUUAUGCCUCACAUUUAUACAAUGAAAUGAUGUAAAGUAAAAAAGUGUAUAAUCAUAUCACUGUACCAUUAGAUUAUAAUCCUAAUGCAGCAGAAAAUAACUGCAGCAAACACCUCCCCCAUUAGUUUGAUUCUUAUUUAAAAUUCAUUCCUAAUUUCUCAAAUUUCUGGUGUGUGUGUCUAUAUGCAUGUGUGUGUGUAUAUAAAUGCAUAUCUGUAUGUAGAAAUAUAGAACAAGAUUACUUAAACCAUCAGGAGAGGAAUGUAACUUGCCUUUUGUUGGUGUGCCUUUUAAGCAGAGUGUCCAGACACUCUUGCCUUCAUCAUUAGCAGCUUUCUUUUCCCUUACUCUCUAAAACUUUUCCCACCAAAAAAGGGCUUUGAUUUUGAAUAAUGUCUUUGCAGUAUAAUUUACAGUGUAACAUAAUGAUCAGAAUUUUCAUAUCUCAUGUAUCCUGAAAGCUUUUUAAUGUAGUGCACUACAUAUGAAUUAACUCUCCAGAGGGACUCCAGUAAAAGGCUGUUUUAGACUAGAGGUGCUGCAGUCUGACAUCUGAAAGGUAUCAGAAGAUAAGGGACAUCCUCUCUUCACUCCUGAUCUUCUGAAUAGAAGCAAUUUGUGUGAACUUAGCACAUGAGCAUACACACAUGCAGAAGGAAAAUCUAAAAGUCACGGAAUAAAAAAAUUAAAUGAAGCAAGCCACUUAAUAGAAGUGGAAAAAUGGCUUUUGAAACACUUUAAACUGGGUAGGUAUCAGCAGUUUGUGACCAAAGAAUUCUUCCAGCAAUGACUAUGAAGAUAUUCAUGUUGCCCUUCUGGGACAGUGUGAAACCUGUCUUUGGUUCCAGAAGCUAGCAUUCCAGACUCUAAAUUAAGUGCAAGCAUAAUCUGUAGAAAUAGGUUUUAUAUUAAGAGAUGAUUACAACUUAUUUUUCCUUUCUUCUGUUUGUCCAAAUGAAUCAAACCAUCCGUGCUAAUGGCUGCACAUCUCUACCGCAGGAUGAGCAUCUCCAUAAAGGAAAGCAGAUAGUGCAGUAACUACGGCAUUUUAAAGGCGAGAUUUACAGAAAAUCUGGUAGAACUACUGACAAGGUAACCUUCAGUAAGAUUUUAACCAAGUGGUUUCUUAUUUGCAUCUGAUUUUGUCUGUUUAGGUUUAGGAAGAAAAAGAGAAAUAGUUUUGAAAAAUAAUUGCCUUUUACUAAACAUUUGUAAUAAAAGUGAAUUUUUCAGGUAUAAUGUGGUCUUGUUCAUUCUAACUAAAGCUAAUGUCACUAGUAAUCAUUAAUGUUCAUUUAUAUAGCUGUAUCACCAGUAAAUAACAGCUUGCCUGUAUUUGCCCAGGUAUUUUCAGAGGAGAGGGUGCAGUGGCUCGGGCUGCUUCUGUGUCCACCUGCACAGUAUGUUGAGCUUCUCAGUAUGAAAGUGGUUGAUGGUAAAUGAAUAAUGUAUCAGUGCACAAGUCCAUGAGGUAACAUUAGUCACCAUUGACAUGCAUUGGUGCUUCUAAAUGGAAUGUAUUCUGCACAAAUUCUGUAAAGCACUUUGUGUGCAUGUUGUUUUAUCAAUGUGAUGUGAUGAAGGUUACAUUUUCCUUUUAAUUGUAUUCAUGGGUAUAAAGCUAAUUAAAAAGACUUUGUAACAUAA